AUGGUAGCAGGACAGAGAAGUAAUGGAGGGAAGUGGCAGGAACAGGCAGGCUUCACCCUCCCUCAUUCCACGUAUCUCCCCCACCCACCCGUCAAGUUGAGAGGUCGCAGGGUCCCAUUCAUCAAGCUUGCCUCAGCGUUCUUAGCGAAGCGGAUCUUCAAGCGCAAUCCUCCCGCCAAACACUCCAAGUUCAAGCUCGUGGCGGACAUCUACAAGGACUUCAGAUCCCUCAAGAAACUUGCGCCCCCAAACACUGUCGUACACCUCCACAAGAAGCUACGGAAUGCCAGGAUGGCUGAACAGCUUGGAUCAAACCAGCCAGUGUCAAGACGACAACGAUUGUUGGGCUUAGCCAAGGCCACCAGAGAUACCUAUAUUCCACGACUCACGGGCUCAGUGUCUUCUCUAGCCUCGGGAGUAUCCACACGUGCCUUUGGCCAGAGCUCUCCAAGUGAUAUCUACGACGAGAACGGAAACUUGGUGUUUCCAAAAGACACCUCGUUGGCACUCUUUCCCUCGUAUACCAGGUACGAAUCCAACGCCUACCAUGUGGAUGUCAAGGGAUGGCUUUCGUGCCCAGGGUUGAUGACCCGUAAGAACAGAUUGAUCUUGUCAUUAGCAAGACAGAUCACCCGCUACAACAACAAUUCACAAGCCACGGAACAAGUGGUCAACCAGCUAGAAAGCGAGAAAUUGAGCCAGGAUGUGCUAGAGCCUGGCUCAGCUCCCCCAGACUCCGAUAACGAGUCCAUCAGAACGUUCAACUCCAGCUCAUCUGCAGGCACUGACACCUCUCAAUCCCAGGCAAACACAGAGGACUUGAUCAAAGAGAGAUUGGCCUGUUUCAUUGCCAGAUCUAUACCCUACGCUGAGUUGGAGGUGAUUGUGGGUCCAAAGGAUCCCAAAAACCGACAUUUGGUGACCCCCUAUUCAGUAAAAACGGAUGAAAAUGGCCAUUUCGAAAUCUGCUUGCAAGUGGAAUACGAACCAUCGUUCAUCCAUGUCAAAACAGUCACUGAUGAAUCCAUUUUCGCAUACAAAGAUAUCCUACUCAUGCCUAGUGAUGGUUUCGGAAUAAUCAGUGACAUCGACGAUACUAUCAAAUUGACAGGUGUGAUUGGAGACAAGCGAGAGCUCAUGACCAAUUUGUUGCUCAAAGAUGUAUCACUGUGGAAAAUACCGACAGUGAUCAAAUGGUAUUGCGAUCUCACCAAGUCGGGAGUUUCUUUCCAUUACGUCUCCAACUCCCCUUGGCAACUAUUCAGCACCAUCGACCAAUACUUCAAGUCUGCCAAUCUCCCUGCUGGGUCCUUCCACCUAAAGCAAUAUACAGGUAAUAUAAUUGCAUCACUCAUGGAGCCAUCGUCGUCCAGAAAGAAACGGACGUUAAACAAGAUCGUGGGCGACUUUCCAAAGAAAAAGUUCAUCUGUGUUGGUGACUCGGGUGAACACGAUCUUGAGGCUUACGUGGAUUUGGCAGUAGCUAACCCUAAUCAGAUUGUGGCUAUUUAUAUCAGAUAUGUUCCAGAUUCCUUAUCCGAUAUUGAUGACUUAAAAAUUCUCAAAGAAAUUGAUAGGUUAUUGGCAAUCAAGAAAAGAAUGUUAAAGGCAGAGAAGCCUAAACCGAAGGAAGUGGAAGAUUUGAUCGAUAUGACUGAUAUGGUUGCACCAGCACAGUCCCCCAAGAAACUUCCACCAAUGGUACCCAAAAAGCCAAAUACUCUCAAGGGGAAUAAUCUUGAAAGGCAACCAAAUAUGCCAUCAGUUAUGAAAUCACACACUGAUACCGAAUUAUCGUUGAAAAAACACACACAAUCAAGCCCCAAUGGAUAUUUGACAUCUAACGAAAAUACAAUUACGAGAGCAUCCCACAGUAAAGGAGGCUGUUUGGACGAAAUUGAAAACGUGUUACUUACCCAGCAUUACUUUGAUUUGGAAGAAAUGGAUCCGAAAGGAGCUCUGUGGAUUCGGAAAAUUGUCGACUCUAUCCAAGACUUGGAGGGCACCAAUACAGAGUUGAAAUUAUUUAUUGAUGAUGACGCUGAUUUUUUUAUUCAAUCGGGAUCCAUCCUACAAUCACAUAUCGAACAUAAAGACUUAUUGUGA